AUGCAGAAGCUGGCAGAUGGAGUUCGACUGGAAUGGCACAGGGAGCCCUUCGCUGUAGUUUUCAAGCCAAGCGACUUCUCAGUGGUCGCGGAUCACGGUCACUGCCUAACAGCUUGGGCAUUGCAGGCUCUUGGGGGCAAAUGGGUACUAGCUUCGGCCGCCAGGGAUGCAACAGCAGGUCUGGUGUUGCUAUCUCGACCUGGAUAUGACGGAUCGAGUGUGCCGGUCCGAGGGACCUAUGCACUGCUUAUCACCGUAAAAGAUCGGCACGAGGGCUUUCCCCAACAUGUGGAAGAGGCAUUGGAGUUUUUCGGGGGUCUAGAUCAGGAAGCCAGGCUUGUGACAAGCUCACCUUCCGGGCACUUUGGCUACAUCGCAACGAUCGAGAUGGACUGUUGCUUAAGCGGUCCCACGGCGGUCGCUCCACUAGAUGCUGUUUUGGCUGUGCAAGAGCUGGGCUUCGUGGUUCUCCGCAUAGCCAAGGGACGGAGCCGAGAUGUGAUUGACCCGCAUGGGCAAGCUCAGACCAGAAGUCAGCAAGACGUGCUGAGCGGAACGUGCGUCGAGGCUGUGCGCCUGGUUCCGACCGAUGCCGAUGCUGUCCACAGGGAGCUUCCGGUGAAAUGGUCCAGCUUCCUCUCUCUUGAAAGAAGCCUCGCUGAGCAAAAGGUGCAGCAAGAGACGGUUGAGUUUUGUGAUUUGCGGCUUCUGGUACCAUCGGAACAACUUCGACCUCGGAAGUCCUCCGCUCCCUUAGUACACGCUGCUAUCGACUGCAUCAAGAGUCGGAAAGGAAGUUCAGUUCUUGACCUGGGAGUUGGUUGUGGAGCUUUGCUGCUGGCCGUCCUCGCCAAGACGGAAGCUGUUGGAACGGGAGUGGACGUGGACGAAGGUGCCAUCGCAGCGUGCGAGGCCAAUGCGGAGAGCCAACUGCCUGCCAGCAAAGCUCGCAAUUUCAGCACGGCUUGUGCUGACUUCACAAAGCUGGACGCGCCGGAAGUGCGAGCCCAACUCCACUCAGAAGGAUACGAUGUCAUCAUCUGCAACCCACCCUACAGAUCUACAGCCCAACAGGAGGCAUAUAAUCAAGCUUCGGGCCAACACGGAGGCUACGAAGAACACGAGAAAACACUGGUCGCAGGCGAGACUGGUCUUGAGAUGUAUGAGGCGAUUUCCAGAUGUCUUGUUAAGGAUAUGCUUCAAGCGCAGAAGAGACUUUUGUCACCGCCAGCGCCCAUUCUGAAGCUGGACGGCUCAUUGAUCUUCCAGGUCGAGGCUGGAUCCUUCGGACGUCUCGGAGGAGUGGCAAAGAAGGUCGCUGCCGCCAUUCACAAGGCAUCAGAUGGAAAGCUGAAAUUUCAGAGAAUCAUUCAAGACGAGAAGCAGCUGGAUCGUGCAAUUCUCUUGAAGUGGUCAUGGUGUGACUGA